UCACUUCAAUUUUGUAAAAGAGGGAAUCAGAAGCCCAGGGAAAAGUAGGUCGCCAGUAUUGAUUUUUACCUGAUAUUCGACAAACAAAGACCUAACUUGGAUAGUGGGGAGCAGAAUAUACGUCGCAGUGUUUCCGUGGAAGUUGAACGUGCAAGAUGCCUGAUGCGGAGUCGGUGGGUUCUACGGUUGAAAAUGUCCGUGUGGUGGUGCGGGUGCGGCCCAUGGACCAGCGCGAGAAGAUGGAAGGCUCCUACAACUGCGUGUCUGUGGACUCCGUGAACAACACCAUCGCCGUGACUAGGAGCAACGCCUCGCCGCCCGAGCCGCCAAGGAUCUACGCUUACGAUGCAGUUUUCGACACCAAUACUAGCCAGAUGGACAUCUACGUGCAGACAGCGAGUCCUAUCGUGGAACAAGUGGUUCGCGGUUACAACGGUACUAUCUUCGCGUACGGGCAGACUGGCACGGGCAAGACAUAUACAAUGGCAGGUUCCAACACAGCACCCGAGCUACGAGGCAUCAUACCCAACUCAUUCGCACAUAUCUUCAGUCAUAUCGCCAAAGCGAAGGACGAUGAGAAGUUCCUGGUAUGCGUGACAUAUCUGGAGAUCUACAACGAAGAAGUUCGUGACUUACUCGGGAACAAUCCGCACCAGAGUCUAGAAGUUAAAGAGCGACCUGACAUUGGCGUAUUCGUUAAAGACCUAACUGGCUAUGUGGUACACAAUGCUGACGAGUUAGAGAAGAUAAUGUCAGUUGGUAACAAGAAUAGACACAUUGGUGCGACCGCCAUGAACAUUGAGAGUUCUCGUUCUCACGCAAUAUUUUCAAUUACUGUGGAGAGCAGUAAGAAGGGUAACGAUGGAAAGACGCAUGUUAAGAUGGGGAAGCUGCAUCUUGUCGAUCUAGCGGGUUCAGAACGUCAAAGUAAGACUCAAGCGACAGGAACACGUUUGAAAGAAGCCAGUAAGAUCAACCAGUCGCUGUCUGUUCUGGGCAAUGUUAUAUCAGCGCUAGUAGACGGCAAGUCUACUCAUAUACCUUACCGGAACUCCAAGUUGACUCGUCUACUGCAGGACUCACUCGGGGGGAACUCCAAGACUGUUAUGAUAGCAACAAUCGGUCCCGCGGAAUCAAACUAUGUUGAAACAAUAAGCACAUUGAGAUAUGCGAACCGCGCCAAGAACAUUGAGAACAAGACCCACGUCAACAGUGAACCAGGAGACGCAUUGCUCACCAGAUUCCAACAAGAGAUUGAUCAAUUGAAAAAACAACUAGAAGAAACCGCCAAUGAAAUCGAAGAAGGAGAAGAAGAAGGUGAAUGCAGUGAGGAGGAGCUGAGCGAGGACACCCUCACUGACCCAGAGCUGGACUGCCUCGACCCUGAGGAGAGGAAGAUACGACGCAAGAUCAGGAAGGAGGAGAAGGCCAAAUUAAAUAGAGAGAAAGCUCACCAGGCAAGGAAAGCUCUGGAAGAAAAGAAAGCUGAAUUACAAAAGACUAAGAAGCAGCAAGAAGAAUUAAAAGAGAAAUUACAAAGGUUGGAGUCAAAAGUGCUGGUGGGAGGUGAGAACUUACUGGACAAGGCGGAUGCUCAGCGCCGGCUGCUGGAACAGGCUGCUAAAGAACUGGAGCUAAGAACCCUCAACGAGCUCAGGCUUCAGGAGGACUUGCAGAAGAAAGAGGCUGAGCGUCUAGACCUGGAGGAGCGGUACUCCAGCCUGCAGGAGGAAAAUGCUGCUAAGACGAAAAAACUUAAACGCGCUGUACAAUUACUUAACUCUGCUAAGGCUGAGCUGGCUGACCAGCAGCGAGAGCAGCAGCGUGAGAUGGAGGGCAUCCUGGACGGUGUGCGAGCUCUGCGCCGCGAGAUACAGCUCGCAGACCUCGUACUUGACUCAUACAUACCCAAGGAGUAUCAGGCGUUGAUCGACAAAUACGUGCACUGGAACGAGCAGCUCGGUGAAUGGCAGGUGAAGUGUGUCGCGUACACCGGGAACAAUAUGAACGCGCCGCACCAGCGCCCCCAGCGGACCCACAAGCACCAGGUGGAACCCCCAGAUCUAUCGGAUCGGUACCUGUCGUACUCAUCUGUGGGGGGUACCCGACCCGGUACAAGACUGGCGCGUCCCCAGUCCGCGGUCCCCAGACCCAACUCUGUGGCACUGCGCCAGCGACAAUAAACGUUACUUACUCUAUGAUGUACUCAUGCCAGCUUCAUUCGCUAAUCUUUGGUAAUUCGUUUUUCCAUAUUUAAUCAAACAAGCUUAAUUACUACCAACUUUAAGUAAA